GACUUUAAUUGAUCUGAGUUUUUUUUUUUUUUUUUUGUUAAAUCAAGGAGUUUCAUCUAUAAAAUUGUACCACAAUAUGCACAUGUACACAUAAUACAGGAACUGUGACCAACCUGUGGUCCGUGACCCAGUGUUUGUCUCUCCUGCCUCUUUAAUAAAAGCCCUGCCAAUGAAAGGCUCCCACCGUCUGGUCUGCGGCCUCGCUCCCCUGAUCCCGGAGCUCGGACAGCCCGGUGUGUCAGAGUCUCUUCCGGGAGCAGCAGCGGUAGAACCCGGCAGGUAUUAACACCCUUUUACCUGAAACUCCGCCUCUGUCUUCCAUCGUGUCGUUCUACUUAAUCCGUCUGUAAUAUCAGCUGGCAACAGGUGGCACCGCCCGCCCGGCUCUAGCCAACGUACAAAAGUAACACCCACAACUGCGGCUUCAUGGUCCCAAGAGACCGGAGCCGGAAACCGCAGAAGUCAGACGAUAUUAAAGUUAUUGAAAUGUUGCUAAUAUAAUGAUGACGUAAUGAUAAUAAUGAACCAGAGUUCGUCUGGUUCGUUAUGCAGCUCGGCCCUCCCACUGGACCGGACCGAGUGGAGCAUCCGGUGGGCGGAGCUCUCGGGCGUCAGGACAGUUCUUAAACAUGGCUCCUCUGUGUCGGCCCUCCUUUCCCAUCAUCCCUCCGGCUGCUGCUCAGGACUUUCCCCAGGACUUUGCUUCAGUUCUGCUGUCGUCUGUCAUCACAGCGGGAACGUUUCCAGUCACCUCUGACAGAAUGAGCGCCUACACCGUGUCGCUGCCGGGCCCCGGGCCCUGGGGCUUCAGGAUGCAAGGAGGGAAAGACUUUAACAUGCCACUGACCAUCUCCAAGAUCACUCCGGGCAGUAAGGCGGCACAGGGAAACCUGGUCCAGGGUGAUGUCAUUCUGGCCAUUGAUGGAGUCAGCACUGAUGGGAUGACUCACCUGGAGGCCCAGAACAAGAUCAAGAUGGCCGCCUACAACCUCGCACUCACCAUGACCAAGUCGAAACGUCCUGUUUUGAUGCCCCCAAGAAUGGACAAUGUCAUUCCCAUGAUCCCUCACCAAAAGUGUCCAUUGGUGCAAGUCAAUGGUGUGUCGGCCUGCAGCGCCUCCUCCAGGCCUGUAGAGGCAGACUCUCCCAGACGGAGGAAGCAGUAUAACUCUCCUAUUGGCUUGUACUCAGAGGAGACUCUGAGAGAGAUGGCAGCCAUGAAGGAGGGCCAUGUAGUGGGCGGCAGCAGCUCCACUGCACUGACACUGGCUGUUUUCACACCAGCUCCUCCCAAUGUGGGCUUCAACCCCAACCUCAAAGACUCCCCCCUCACCACCAACAAACCCAUUGAGGUGAAGGGUCCUGGAGGUAAAGCCACCAUCAUCCACGCUCAGUACAACACUCCCAUCAGCAUGUACUCACAGGAGGCCAUCAUGGACACCAUCGCUGGGCAGACACAGGGCAAACCUCACGACGCUGGUUCACCUGGUAAAGAUGGUUUUGUAGACAGUGCAGUCUACCAGGCCAUUAACCAGACACACGUGGACCAGAGUCUGGGCGUCAGCGGGGAGCGCCGUAGCAUCAACAUGCAGUCCAAGUCCUUCCGGGUCCUGGCCCAAAUGACUGGAACUGAGUCUGCACCACCACAGGACACGCAGCAGGAGGCGCCACAGAGUAGCAGCCCGUCUGAGCAUGCUCCACCCUGUGUCGUCUCCAACUCUGCAGCGCCACCUGUUAGCACGCAGCCUCCGGACUCUACCGCCCCCACCAGUCAUUACGUUCAACCUCCGCCCAUGUACCAGGCUCAGCAAGCCCCGCCCACACAGCAGUACCAGCCAAUCCCUCAACAGUACCAGCCUCACCCGAUGCAGCAGUUCCCCCCCCCUCAGCAGACCUCCAUUCAGAUCCCCAUCGGCUCCACGCCCCCUAAGGUGGUCAGCACCGCCUGUAUCUACCCCAGUCAACCUGUUGCUCCAGCUCCAGCUCCCAUCUCUGCCCCGGCUCCAGUCCCCCCUCAGCCCCGCCCUCCCGUGGCUGCACCCGCUCCUCCCCCCCCCAUCCCUGCCCCGGCUCCAGUCCCCCCUCAGCCCCGCCCUCCCGUGGCUGCACCUGCUCCCCCCCCUCCAUCUUCUGCUUCACCUUCAAACAGACCCCCCUGGGUGAGCGACACCAACUUUGCUGAGAAGUUUGAUCCCGGUAAAACCACCACCACCACCAUGAAGGUGCCGCCCCCGCUGCCCCAGGCCGCACCUCCUCCACUGCCUUACAUCCCCAACCCCUCCCCUGCUGGACAUCCUGCUCCCAGUCCUGCCCCCGUGCCCCCCAGCCCCGCCAGUUUCCCUCCGGUGGCGAGGGGCGUGGCUCAGCGGGCAGAGAGGUUUGCAGCCAGCAGCCGUACUCCUCUGUGUGGCCACUGCAACAGUGUCAUCAGGGGCCCCUUCCUGGUGGCCCUCGGCCGCUCCUGGCACCCGGAGGAGUUCAACUGUCACUACUGCCACAUGUCUCUGGCCGACGUCAGCUUCGUGGAGGAGCAGAACAACGUUUACUGCGAGAACUGCUACGAGGAGUUCUUUGCUCCCACCUGUGCUCGCUGCAGCACCAAGAUCAUGGGGGAAGUGAUGCACGCCCUGCGCCAGACGUGGCACACCACCUGCUUCGUGUGUGCAGCCUGUGGAAAACCGUUUGGAAACUCUCUGUUCCACAUGGAGGACGGAGAGCCGUACUGUGAGAAAGAUUACGUGGCUCUGUUCAGCACCAAGUGUCACGGCUGUGACUUCCCUGUUGAAGCUGGUGAUAAAUUCAUCGAAGCCCUGGGUCACACCUGGCACGACACCUGCUUCGUCUGUGCGGUGUGCCACGUCAACCUGGAGGGUCAACCCUUCUACUCAAAGAAAGACAAACCACUGUGUAAGAAACACGCCCACGCCAUCAACGUGUAGACAACAGCAUGGCCACAGGAGGGCGUAAAAACAAACGCCACCAAGGAAACGACCACCUUUCACAGGAAGCACCAACACCAACCAAUGACAGUGCUCCACUGUGAUGUUCUAAUGCAUUUAGGGUUAGUUCAAAGGUGACUUUGAUUAUUAUCAUCACUGACAACAAAAACACCGAUCUGAUUUAACAUUAGCAUCAGUGCUAGUCCAAGUGCAUCGGUCUCCAUGGAGACGCCUCUGAUCUUAUCUUAUUGAAUAACGUUUGUGACAGUUCUAUCAGCAGACAAUGGCACGAUCUAAAGUUAGGGCCCUGAGCCAGGGUUUAAGUCACCGCGCCACCGCCAAACUAACAUCAUCGUCGUGUUUAUUAACUAUUUGCAGUUUCUAUUAUAAAAGUAUUAUAUUGUCACCCAAAGGCCAUUAGUUAAUUAUUAUAAAAUGUAUUUUUAUCAUUAUGUUUGUGUUUGUUUGGACUAAAUUAGACGUAAUAUUUUAAUUUUGAAGAAGAAUAUUUUGUUUUUUCCUCAUUUCUCUUUCUGCCUUAAGGCCACCAGGGGGCUCUGUUCUCAUUGCAAAAUUGUCCUUUUUAAUUUCCUUAAUAAACUACGUGUAAUAUAUAUAUAUAGUUACAACCACGUUGUAUUCAGUGUAAUACAAAUAUUAUUCAAAAAUAACUUAUUAUUAUCACUUUUGUUGAAAAUGCAACAGAUUUGGAGUUGAUUGAGUAAUUGCUUUAAUAUAUUUCUUGACAAAGGAUUCUUUUGUUUUAUUCCUAAAUAAUUUUUAAACUAUUUGAUAUUUUAAAGUGUUCUUUUGACGUGGUUAAAGGUGACAGACAGCAGCAGGUGUUGAAGUCAAACAUGCUUCACUGUCAUAUAACAUUGAAUUUUCCUGCCUCAAAAUGAGACAAAAUUCAACUUUGUGAACAGAGCCACAGGACAAUCCUGUCACGACACGUGUCAUAAAGUGCCUUAAAACAGUUGCAGGUUUUCGUAAGGCGAGGCGGGUUUACUGGUGUCGCACAUUUCAACAACUGUGCAACUUCUUCAUAACAAAAUGGUAGUGUAGUUAUAUGAGGUGCAGACAGACAGUGAGUCGGUGCUAAUACAACUGAGAGGCUGCUAAAGAAAAUGGAAUUAGUAAAGCACUCACUUUCCCCAGUGUUAACUGCUGCCUCGUGUGGUCAGUAUUGGUCAAAAAUUCUAAAUACCAAAAUCAUAAAAAAAACCCAACUAAUUUUCUGAUAGAGGAAGGAGUGUAAUCUGAUUACUUUGACAUAAAAUGACAGAUUUUCUUGCUGUGGACCGUUGGGAGAGUGAGUGGUUUAUCAAAAUGACACGAGCCUUAGUUUGUCAUUCGUAUAGACUUGUGCGGUUUCCUGGAGGAAUGUCAUCGUCUUAAAGUGAUGUAGACUUAGCUGUAGCUGUGUACCCCAAUUUAGUAAAUUACAUUUUUGUUACAUUUCAGUUUUCACUGAGGAAAAGUUCAGCCUGGCUCACAGCAGUAGUACUGACCGUUUGUCAGUACUGACCGUUUGUCAGUACCUCAUACAAAUAUAUUUAAGCGUAAAGAAACCUGAACUGUCCAUUGUGUUUGACCAGCUCACAUACUUAUGUAAGGUAAGGUAAGAGUGUGUGUACUGGUGUACAGUUUUUACUCUCAGAAUUUUAUACAGUGUGUGUGUGUGUGUGUCUGCCAGUAUGAGUGUGUAUUUGAAUGUUGGUGUGAAAUGGUGUAUGCGUGUGUGCAUGCAUAGCAGUGUGUCACAGUGGAUUGCAGCAUGUUAAACGUCAGUACAAGUUUGUGUCACAGGAAUUUUGACAAAAAAGGGGAAAAAAACUGCGGAUUCAACUUUACACAGUGUGAAUUUUUUGAUGACUUUUCAUGCAUUUCAGCAGCUUUACUGCACUGGACUGAACUGUUUUAAACAUUUGAAGUUGAAUAAAUUGCACUUCAAACAC